AUGAAUUCGCUUUCGUACUUGACGGGAUCAUCGCAACCGACGUCCUCUUCUAAGGAGGAAUUGAGGUUUCCCUUCUCCGAAAGCAGUUUGCCUAAUGUGACUGAGGAGCAAGAAGUUGAGAAUGGGGAAGUUUCUCAAGAUUCUAAAGGAGGCAGGCCUUCAUGGGUAUGGAGAGUGGUCUUUUUUUUACCCACCUGGCUUAUUAUCAAGCCAAUUUGGCUGAUAUGGUUUGUUCUUACAUUUCCUUUGAAUUUGAUUGAACACACUUCGUCUAAAGAUGGUUCAGUAGAGGAGGAGGAGGUAAUACCGACGAAUUCUCAAGGUUCUGGUGGAGGAGAGGUUAUAGAGGAUGACGAUCUUGUUGGAGAAUCAAUGGUGUUGCAUGAAGAUUCGAUCAAGUCGUCGCGGCCUUCGACAAGUCGAUCUAGUUAUACGUCUACACGUUUGGGCAAGUUUUUGUUUCCGAAAAAGUUAAUUCCACAGUCGAUUCUACAAACGGAUAGGAAGAAAGUGCUGGUUUUGGAUUUGGAUGAGACAUUGAUCCAUUCGAUGUCUAGGUCGACGUCAUCAUCGAAUACGUCGCAAGGUCAUAUGGUGGAGGUAACUUUCUCUGUUAGUGGGGUUUCCAGCCUUUAUUACGUGCAUAAACGGCCGUAUUGUGAUCUAUUUCUUUCCCGUGUGUGCAAAUGGUAUGAUCUGGUGAUCUUCACGGCGUCCAUGAGAGAGUAUGCGGACCCUGUGAUUGACUGGCUUGAGAGCGGGAUCUCCGCGCGCUUUACGAAGCGCAAGUACCGGUCCGAUUGCAUUUUGAGGGAUGGCAUAGGCUACGUGAAAGACUUGACGAUGAUUUCAAAGAAUCUGCAAGAUACAAUCAUCGUCGACAAUUCUCCUGUGUCGUACGCCAUGAACGUGGACAACGCCAUUCAAGUGGAAGGUUGGAUCAGCGAUCCUACCGACACUGGCUUGCUGAACUUGUUGCCGCUCUUGGAGGGCUUGCGGUUCACAACGGAUACCAGAAAUAUACUGUCAUUAAAAAAUGGCGAACAUGCUUUUGUUUGA